AGAAACUUUGAAAAUGGCGGGACAGAAUCAGGAGUACGAUCUCGGGCUCACACUUGGUGGAAUGUACGGACAUUCCGAUGGGGCCCACGAGGCAUGCGCUAUGUCGGUGGACGGAGAGGAGAAUGCGGCAGCGGCGCCGAGGGCUAGGGCGGCUUCUCUGCCAACGGCUAGGGAGAUGGAGAUGAUGAGGGGGGUGACCGAGGUUCAAAUUCUGAGCAGGGUGAUGGCAGCAAACUUGAAGCUGACUAUUAAGAAGGAGAGGACUAAUGGAGCUCCGGCGGCGUCGGCCCGGCUACCUAGACUGGCAGCUACGGGAGGAUCGGGACGCUUAGCUGCAACAAGCAGCGCAGUCAGUGCUGAGCUUAUGUCUACACAAGGGAGCUACAACAACCCUGUAGUAACCAGUUCAAAGAUGCUCAACACAAAGAAAGUGAAGGCUGAUGACCCUCAGAAGGAUCCAGCAAAGAGGGCUAGAAUCUAUAAUCGUCAUGUUACAAGGCCAGUUAGGAGUUAUAGGAUCCCUAGAAUGCCUCAUGUGAAAACCAUUGGUGCUGAUGGGAAGCGAGUGGAUGGCUUUCUGUACAAGUAUCUUAGAGGAAAAGUAAGAAUUGUCUGUGUUUGUCAUGGUCUGUUCCAGUCUCCAGCCGAAUUUGUCAAGCACGCUGGCGGCAAUGUGGUGGGAAAUCCGUUGAAGCAAAUCACAGUUUCGCACCUCUAAAUUUCUAGGUCUUUGGUGGUGGCGAUGCAG